GUUGUCUUGUGUAGACGUCGCUGUGUUGAUAGAAAAUACAGUUAACGUUUCACUGAGGUCUGAAGUGCUGUGUUAGUUAUUUCUAGAUGCCAUGCUUGACGUGAGCUUAACGUUACAUUAAUGUACAUAUUAAUGCAUGGCUAGUAUGGAAAGUGGAUAUUUGACGCUGUAAGUUAACGUUAGGUGCGUUCAGGAACAUGACAUCCCACUAUUUUACGGGUGAUAAGCUAUGCAGCGUAGAAGACUGUAUUCCCGGCACAGGAGUAUACCUGCGGCACGGCUACAUAUACUCGUCGCUAGCAGGCUACGUGCUCAAGAAAAAUGAGGGAGAGGAGUUACCAGUGAUCUCAGUGGUGAGGGAAACAGAAACACAACUACUACCAGAUGUUGGAGCAAUAGUCACCUGUAAGGUGACGAGCAUCAACCCCAGGUUUGCCAAGGUCCACAUCCUUUAUGUAGGCUCCACACCGCUUAAGGACCGCUUCAGAGGCACUAUCAGGAAAGAAGACGUGCGAGCAACAGAGAAAGACAAGGUGGAGACGUAUAAAAGCUUCCGACCUGGUGACAUUGUCUUGGCGAAAGUGAUCUCUCUUGGUGAUGUGCAGUCUAACUACCUGUUGACAACAGCGGAGAAUGAACUGGGGGUGGUGGUGGCACACAGCGAAGCAGGUUCCCAAAUGGUUCCCAUCAGCUGGUGUGAGAUGCAGUGCCCACGGACACACGCCAAAGAGUUCCGCAAAGUGGCGCGAGUGCAGCCGGAGUAUCUACAGGCAUGAGAGCCCUGAAACGUCUUUCUUCCACAAGGAACACACAGCUUCCCCCCCAACCCCUUCUCUCACUGUCGUCGAGUAGCCUGGUUCAGAUAUUUUCUGAGAGACUGGACGUUGUUAGUUACUUUUGGUUUCAUGUUUGUCUUAAGUGUUUUUUAAAUAGCCUGCCUUCUGCACAUAUUGUCAUCAUUUAAAUGUGCCAGGUUGAAAACACAGAAGCGUUGUCGGACCAAACUUCAAAGUUGUCAGGACAUAUUCCAAACAACGUAGCGACUGUUGUAAAGAUGUUAUUAACUGAACAAAAUGUUACAUUGCAGCUGCCAAACUUUCUAAGAAACCUCUAUGUUGGGACGCUUAACACAUCAUAAUUUUGCACCUAGUGAAGAAAGGCCUUUUCCACAGAUGCAGGAUUCCCUUAGUUUUGCUAAUAGGUAUUAUGGCGGAUCAACAGGUCGCUCGAAGGAUGAAGCAGUUGGUGCAGAAUGCUGGGUGCUUACACGUGUAGGGCCCUGUCUACAUCACAUGUAAAGGCAAAAAUGAACACUCAUAUUCUGAGAUCAUUCUAAGGCCAGUGGCUGUUUUGGUCUGAAAUGAGGAUUCGACCAAAAAUGAUGCAUAACACCACACUUUGAAACUUGUUUUGCAUGAUGUUGUAUAUGCAGACGCCUUGUUUUGUUUUUUUAAACCUUGUCCAUAAAGCGACAUUAUACCAUC